GUGUUUCUUAUAUAUACAUAUACAAGAAUGGGUAAAAAAAGAAAGUCAAAGCCUAUGAGGCCUUGGUGUUGGUACUGCGAAAAAGACUUUGAGGAUGAUAAAGUACUAGUAACACAUCAAAGAGCCAAGCACUUCAAAUGUGAAGAAUGCAACAAGAAACUAACUACUGCUGGUGGUAUGGUAGUUCAUGCUCAACAAGUACACAAGAUUACUAUUUUCAAAGUACCCAAUGCUUUGCCUGGAAGAGACAAACUCGAUAUUGAGAUUUUUGGUAUGGAAGGUAUACCUGAAGAAGACAUGAUUGCACAUGAAAUGAAAAUAUCGGGUGCCAAUAACAGUAACAAAAAGUCAAAAUCAAGUGGAUCCGGUCAUUACGGUGAAUUGACACUUGAACAGAUUCAACAACAAAUGGCUGCUCAUAAAGCAGGUAUGCCACCAGGGGCUAUUAUUGCUGCUCCUCCCACAACAACAUUAGCAUCGCAACAGCAAUACUAUGGUAACCCUACUUUCAAUCCUUAUUAUCAAUAUUAUCCUCCUCCUGCUCCUCCUGCACAGAAUGGAUAUGGUAUGCCUCAACCCUAUGGUUAUCCUACACCAGGUAUGCCAGCUCCUUAUGCUGCUGGGCAAUGGGGUUAUUAUCCUGGUAUGCCAGCUCCACCACAGGAGUCAGCAGAAAAGCCAUCUCCAGAAGUGCCCGUAGUGACUGCACCCACCUCUGCAACAACUGACGUGGUAGCCCCACCUACUCCAUCAGAACCACAACCCACUGGAGAGAAUGUGACAGCACAAGAACAAGUGGCCAAUCAUAAUCAUAAUCAUGGUAAUAGUAAUAAUGCAGGAGUAGGAUUAGGAGGGAAAAAGAAGGCAACCAAGGUUGUGUUGAUUUAUAAUAACAAUGACAUUUCGCCUGAGGAACAACGUGCUCAGUUAGAGAAGCACAAAAUCUUUUCAUAAAUUAAAAUGCCAUUUUUUUAAGUCUGGUAAGAAGCUGCAGUUUUUUUAUUAUUAUUUAUUUUUUGUUUGUACAUGUACUUUAAUAAAAAAGAAAAGAAAAAGAGCUGCCUUGUUGUAUAUUUAUAUAGAUACACACACUCAUUGUGUCACCUUUCUUUUUUUCUUUUUACC